AUGGGUCCCAAAUCCGCUUUAUUUGUGCCAGAAGUCCUAUUUGAAGUUCUCAUCCAAAGUCAAAUAGCACGUCUAAUGGAACCGAAUUUUCAGUGUACAAGAUUUAUAUAUGAUGAGCUGAUGAGCCAUCGUUGUAUGGUCAAUGAGUUGCAACAGUUACCAAUUUUAAGAAAGCGCAUGGAUGAGGGUUGCUGCACCAAAUCUGUGGCAGAAAGAUGGAGUAGAUCUAGAAAAAACACCAACCAAAGAAGUCUAAAAUCACGUGCUAUCCUUGCCGGAUCAGUUGGUGGUUUUGUCCUUGAUCAGGUUGUUCGGCUUGCUUCAGAGGUCGAGAAAACUACAGUGUCAGAAACCAUUAUUUGGAGAAAUGGGCCACCUGAAAAACCAGUGCUCUGCAAUGCAUGUGGAUCAAGAUGGCGUGUUAGGAGGACACUAGAUGGCUAUAUUCCCAGACAUGGAAACAUAGAAAUUGAGAGCUAUCAGCGACCUUCUGACAUGAAGCCGGCUCGUCACGGAAAAAAGCUUGAAGUUGGAAUAGAGGUUUCUGGACAGGAUGGCUCUUCAGCCUGUCUUGAAGAGGAAAUGAAUAACAUGUCAACCUUAGGUUCAGCAUGGUCAUCCUCAGACAACUGCAUGCAGAUGGAAGAAACAAAUGAAGCAUACAAAGAUCCUCUCUGGAAUCCUGACAAUGUCCCAAGAAGAAAGAGAUCAAAGCGUAGAAAACACAUUUUGUCACUUGUUGAAAGACUCCACAGGCAACUUCAUAACAUUCUACAGGAGCCAGACUUUGAAAAUGUCUCUACCGAUGAUGAAAAUAUUCUAAUUUAUGCAAGGAACAAAUACAUUCCUCCUAAUGAGAUUGGUCUUGGAGCUAUGCUGCUUGUAUCACCACCUGCUGCUACAGAACACUUGACAUCUCUAUCUCCAAUGACAGAAGAUAAUGAUGCCUCUUGCUCAGUGAAUGUUCCUGUAGGAAAUUCCAAUUCCAAUUUGAGAAGCAUAUAAAGAUCCUCUUUGGAAUCCUGAGAGUGUCCCAAGAAGAAAGAGAUCAGAGCGUAGAAAGCACAUUUUGUCACUUGUUGAAAGACUCCAGAGGCGACUUCAUACUAAUCUACAUGAGCCAGGCUUUGAAAAUCUCUCUGCCCAUAAUAUUCUAAUUUAUGCAAGGAACGAAUACAUUCCUCCUAAUGAGAUUGUUCUUGAAGCCAUGCUGCUUGUAUCACCACCUGCUACUACAGAAGACUCUAUGUCUCUAUCUCCAAUGGCAGUUGCUGGAAGUGAGUUUUGAGAAGCAUGCAUAAGGUUCAAGCUGGAACAUUCACUGAGCGAGAGGCAUUUUCUUCACAGAUGUACUGCUGAUAGUCUUGAGCAUUAUAUAAUGCUAGUUAUCGUAUCUACUCGUGCUGAUGGAGCAUCAGAUACUUAUUGCAGAAAGUUAAAUUUGUUCAAGGAAGCUCUGAAGCUACUUGGAUGGGACAUAUGUCCUUCAAGGUCAUGUUCACGAUCACUAAGCAGCUCGGGAGCACCUCUUCUUUGGAAAAUCUAGUUGGGGUUAAUUAUUGGCUUUAACGAAGCUCUAUUUUGUUACUAGGCUAUUUCCAGGACAACUCAACUGACAAAGUUGGCGGUUAAACUCUGUUUUAUAUUGAACCGAUAGUUUUCCCUAUACAAAAACCCUCUUCCUAAGACAAAAGAAAAGCUGAAUAAAUAUAUCACUUCUAUGGAUAAAAUGGUGCAAAGUGUAGAUCAGUUUUAUGAUCCAUUACAAAUGUUGUUUUGGUUUAUAUUGUGUGUUUUCCCAGGAGAUGCUAAUAUAUAAGAUCUUUGUAGGAUCAUUUAUUGUA